UCACAGUACCCAUUUGAGUGGGGCUUGCCUGCUCCCCUCACACCCUGUCCUCUCCUGUUCUCCAGCAUGGUGUCUCUGUAUUUCUCCGGAGGCUCCUGGAUGGCAGCUCUGACAGUGAUACUGAUGGUGCUGAGCCCGUCCCUCGCUUGGGCCAGGGAGACCCAAUGUAAGUGGCUUCAGUAUUUAAGGGGCGAGUGUCGGUUCUCUAAUGAGACAGAGAGGGUGCGGCUAGUGGUCAGACACAUCUAUAACCGGGAGGAGUUCGCGCGCUUCGACAGCGACGUGGGCGAGUACCGGGCGGUGAGCGAGCUGGGCCGGCCGGACGCCGAGUACUGGAACAGCCAGAAGGACAUCCUGGAGCAGAGACGGGCCGAGGUGGACACGGUGUGCAGACACAACUACGGGGUUGGUGAGAGCUUCACGGUGCAGCGGCGAGUGGUGCCUACAGUGACUGUGUAUCCUGCAAAGACACAGCCCCUGCAGCUCCACAACCUCCUGGUCUGCUCUGUGAAUGGUUUCUAUCCAGGCCACAUUGAAGUCAGGUGGUUCCAGAACGGCCAGGAAGAGGAGGCUGGGGUGGUGUCCACAGGCCUGAUCCCUAAUGGGGACUGGACCUUCCAGACCAUGGUGAUGCUUGAAACAGUCCCUCAGAGUGGAGAGGUCUACACCUGCCAUGUGGAGCACCCCAGCCGGACGAGCCCUCUCACAGCGGAAUGGAGGGCACAGUCUGAAUUUGCUCAGAGCAAGAUGCUGAGUGGAAUCGGGGCCUUUGUUCUGGGUCUGCUCUUCCUUGGGGUGGGACUGUUCAUCUACUUCAGGAAUCAGAAAGGACACUCCGGACUUCAGCCAACAGGACUCCUAAACUGAAGUGAAGAUAAUGACACUCAUAAGAGGAAGAACCUUCUGGCUCAGCUACUUUGCAGCAUGAAAGUGUUUCCUGUUGGGCUUUUAAUCCACAAAGAGAGUACUUUCUCAAGAUCUGGUUUGCUCCUGCAGAAAAUCUCCUCCCUGAUGACUUUGUCAGCCCCUGCCGCUUGACCUGGAAAUCCGGAAUAUUGAAGGCAGUAUCCUAUCUUCAUUCUUUCCUGGUCCCUUUUAUAUUCAAGCCUUCUGGCCUCCCUUUCAUCUGAACACAUCUUUAACCCACAUUUCUUUACGAAGUUUUGCUCAAAUAAACGUGGAGUGAGAAGCAUCUGAUACAGCUUCAAGGAAAAACAGAGGCAAAAAAGAAAAAAGAGAGGGAGAGAGAAAGGGAGUGUCUGGUGGGGAGGGUGGGCAGCGGGAGGGUGAGAAUUUCCCCCUCUAUCCUUCCUGAGUUCCUGUGGCUAGACUAUUAAUAAAAUUGAUGCAAGACAGAGUAGCAAGAGAAAAAGAAACAAAUUUUAAUUCACAUGCAUGGAGGUCUCUAGAAAUAGGACCUAAGAAGUGGCCAAAGCAGGUAGCUUUUAUGCUUUUUAGACAAAGAAACAAUAAGUUUGUGAGUAAUUGACAGGACAAAGAAACUUAGGUUUUGGGUGCUCUAAUAGUGAAGAACCUAACCAAAGUUUGGGCUUGAGGUAGUAUCAAUAAAUUAAAGACGCAACAAGGUUUGUUUAUAUAGGUUUCUUGGUCUGAAUUCCUGUCUCUGGUGAUAAGUGUGUCAUACCUCCAGAUGCAGGAAGUGCAUCUUUCACAUGAGAGGUUAUUUCCUGCUUUCAGGGAGACAGAAGGAGGGUCAGAGUGUCCCUCUUGCAUUGGCCAUUUCUUAAGUAACUUUAGUUCAAAAUAAUCAAUAUGCCAUUGUGACAUAUUUGGGAACAGCCUUCCCUGAGCCCCAACAAGAGGUUUUCAAUAAUAGUUUUUAUUUUUAUUCCUGAAUUUUGGUCACAUGUGGGUCUCGUAGGUUUCUUUACUUCAUUCUCUGUUUUAUCUUGAGUUUUCUGUAUUCUGUAAUCAGGAGUAUUUAGCUGAGAUAGUAGCCAGUUUUGGGAAAUUAAGUAAUACACUUCUAGAUAAUCCAUGGCUUAUUAAAGAAUAAAUCAGAUGAGAAAUUAGAAAACUAUGGGAAUGUUAAAAUAGAUUUUCAGUACAUGUGAUAUGCAACCAAAGGAAUCUCCAGAGGGAAAUUUAUAGAUUUAAAUGCUUAUAUUAUAAAAGGAAAAAUAUAUAAAAAUCAGAGACCUAAAC